AUGGCAUUCUAAUACCAAAGCCCAAUCCAUUCCAUAAAAAAUAAAAAAAUAAAAACAUAAAAACAAAAUGCAGCGGCUACUGCUUCGGAAUUGUAUCAGAAACAAGCUGAAGUCGCAGUGAACUCAACGCAGCGUGGGAAUUGGUCGCCGGCAGCCAUAAACAGCGACAAAUUCCGUCCGUCCAGCUUGAAAGAUUCCAAUCAGUAUACCACAGCAACAAAGAUGAGUUAUACAACUUCUUUCCAAAAUAAGAGUUUCAAUUUUCACUCUUUGAAUGAUCUGCAUGGUCGUAACAAUCAAGGGAGUUGUGUUUUUGACGCGAGUUUUAAUCAUAGUUCAAUUAAAAAACUGUCUACAUUGCGAUUGCGCCAAAUUUCUUUCAGUGAUUAUUUUUCUACAAAUAAAUGUUGUUCAUCUUGGAAAGGAUUGCAGUGUAGAAGUUUGUAUGCUACCGUUUUAAAUGAAAGAGUUGAUGAAGUUGACCAUGAAGAUUUUGGCUUUGAAAGUUACACUGACAAAAGGAGAAAAUCUAGUGAACAAGUGAAGUCUUUCAAGUCUCUCAACUCUCCAACUUUGUCAUCAGAUGGACCAUUUGUCAGAAACAGUGAGAUGGCCAACAAUAAGAUUCUCCAAAAUCUAUGCAAUAACGGGAAGUUAACGGAUGCAGCAAGAAUAAUUGAUAUUAUGGCACGUAAAAGUCAAAUACCUCAUUUCCCUUCUUGCACAAACUUGAUUCGAGGUUUAAGCAAUAUCGGUCGCAUAGACAAAGCUUGCCAAAUCAUGAAUAUCAUGGUUAUGUCUGGCGGUGUUCCUGAUAUAAUUACAUUCAACAUGGUUAUCGGAAGCCUUUGUAAAAGAGGUCAUUUAAAAUCUGCUCUUGAAUUGCUUGAAAAUAUGAGCUUCAGUGGUUGCUUCCCGGAUGCAAUUACUUAUAAUACAAUAAUUCGUUGCAUGUUUGAUAAAGGAGAUUCAAAUUUGGCUGUUAGUUUUUGGAAGGAUCAAUUGAGAAAAGGGUUCCCUCCUUAUUUAUUUACCUAUACAUUGCUUAUUGAUCUGGUUUGCAAACAUUGUGGGGCUACUCGAGCGCUUGAAGUAUUGGAAGAUAUGGCGAGGGAAGGUUGCGAUCCUAAUAUCACUAUGUACAAUUCUCUUGUAAGUUUUAGUUCUAAACAAGGGAAAUAUAAUGAUACUGCUUUGAUUAUAUCCAAUUUCCUCUCUCGUGGGAUGCAACCGAAUGUUGCGACAUACAAUAUCCUUAUCCACUCUCUUAAUCUCCAUGGGCAUUCAGAUGUAGUCAAUGAUAUUUUGAAGAUUAUGAAUGAGACUUCCAUAUCACCUACAGUUGUUACUUACAAUAUUCUGUUGAAUAGUUCAUGUAAAUCUGGAUUUCUGGAUCGUUCCAUAAGCUUAUACGUCAAAAUGGUUUCUGAGAAUUGUUCAGCCGACAUUAUAACUUACAAUACUCUUCUAAAUGCUUUAUGUAAAGAAGGGUUUAUUGAUGAGAGCAUUCAAUUACUUCGCUCUUUGUCCGGUACUAAUUGUUCGCCUGGAACGGUCACUUAUAACAUAGUAAUUGAUGGGUUAGCUAGAAUGAGAUCUAUGAAUUCAGCAAAAGAAAUGUUCGGCGAAAUGGUGAAAAAAGGAAUUGAUCCUGAUGUUGUUACCCACAGUACUUUGAUAUGGGCUCUUUGCCGGGUAUAUCGAUUUGAAGAAGCAGUGGAGCUAUUGAAAGUGGUGUAUAGGAAAAGACAAAAGAUUAAAAAUAAUGCUUAUGAAUGUGUUAUCCUAGGAUUAUGUAAGCAAAAGAAGCUUGAUGUUGCAAUUCAAGCUCUAGACUUGAUGGUAAAAAGUCGAUCUCAGCCAAAUGAGAAAAUAUAUUAUGCUUUAAUGAAGACUGUUGCUAAUGAAGGUAUGGUAAAAGAGGCUAAUGAUUUGCAUCAGAGGUUGAUCGAAUGGAAGAUUCUAAAAGAGGAUUCGUUUGAUUUAGUUGGAGUUCACACUUAGAUUGGCCAAAUUCGAUACUUUUUAUGGCCAUGCACAAAUUAUACAUUCCUAUCAGGACUCAGGAAAAGCUAGUUGGAUUUCGUGCUCUCCCGAGUAUUACAAUGUCCAACACCAUAUGCUGAUAUAAACUCAGCAUUGAGUUAAAUUUUGACAGUGGAAGGGGAAGUCGACAUACUUGCCUUCAUCGCUAGUUAAUGUAAUGUUCAUUUAAUCUUCACAUUUUGCAGAUUUUAGGAUAACUUCGUUCUUUGUUGACGUUUUGGUUGUGCUUUAAGCUUGUUUUGGUGGCUGUAAGUUCAUCUAUAUUGACUUCAUAGUGUAUUUACAUAGUAUGUUUUAAGAUUCAAGUUCAUGCCAUUUUUAUUUUGUUGUAGCUACUUUUAUAAUUAUUCUAAUUCUAAUAAUUUCUAAUAAAA